UUGACAUAUAGACGGACCGUGCGUGCUGUGCGUGUGUGGUGUCUCUCUCUCAGUCGGCGAAUGCGCCUCGACACAUUGAGCCGAUGCGGAGUGUGACGAAACAAAUGUAGCGAUCAUGUAUCGCGCGUAGGGCCUUCUGUUCUCGACCUGUCUCUGUGCAGUAUGCAGUUCUCUCGCACCCUUUUUUUCCCCUCCCACCGGCGUCGAUUGAGAGCUUCGCUUGUCUCGUAAAGCGUGCUUCACCUCGGUAUUGUGAGGCGUGUAAGAAAGCCAGCUGAACCUUUCCCUUUCUUUUUCUUUUUUUUUCUUUCUUUCCUAUCAAGAGCUUCAUCGUGGGAUAUCGGUAUAGUUUUUUAUCGCCUUUAAAUUUUGAGUAACCAACACAGCGUAAGUGGUCUGAAUUGCUUCAGAAAGAGCAAUUAUUAGCUGUCUUUCAGUUGCCAAGAGCAAAAUAUCACAAGAUACAGUCCGUGCCGGGUCGAGGACAGCUCAUUCAUCUAUUGGCGAGCGUAGUAACAGAUCAUUCCACCGGCUCCAAUUGCCUGCAGCUGUAAAAUGGGCAUAGAGCAGCAGAGACGAGCGUUCAUAGACCAAGAAAUAAAGGAGUUACACGUUGCAAUGCUGAGCUUCGGAGGUCACCGGUAGGAGGGCGGCCGAGCCUGCAAAGUGGUGGGGCGGCGGCGGCGGCGGCGGGAGCGGGAGGCGGCCCUCCUCCUGCUGCGGCGAUGCCCUGAUCCAUGGUGCAGCUGCCCCAGGCCCCGGUCAGCCACAGCAAGGGGUCCUCAUCCUCGGUGUACAGGCGCUCUGUCGUCAACGUCUCGCUGCCCAACGCCGCCAACGCUGCCGGAGGCUGCGAGUCCUGGGAGGACGCGCAGCACAUCCUAUGGCAGGGCGCCCAGAUCUGCUUCGCGGCGGCGUUCCUGGUGCCGCACCGGUUCUCGCUGUCGUCGCUGGUGCUGCGCUGGCUGCUGACGCUGAGCUUCGCGCUGACCAGCAUCUGGGCCGGCCUGGUGGUGUGCGCGCCCGACGUUCUCGCCUGGCACCUUACCUGCCUGCUGGUGAACGCGGCGCACGCGCUGCGCCUGGCCUGGCGAGCGCUGCCACCUCGAAUGCCGACGCACCUGAGAACCCUCUACGAGCGCAUGUUCCUGCCCUACCAGGUGAGCAAGAAUCGAUUCGUGGACCUGACACGUGCUGCCGAAGUGGUGCACCUGGCCGCCGAACGGAGGUACGCCACAGAGGGCGUCACCGCGGCGGACCAGCGGGUGUCCAUACUGCUAACCGGCAGGCUGCAAGUGACCUGCGAAGACGUAUUGCUCCACUACGUAGAACCCAACGAAUUCAUCGACUCUCCAGAAUACGAGUCCUGUCCUAUAGGUAGUGAUAAGUUAUUUCAGGUGACCAUCACGGCGCUGGAGCCGUGCACCUACCUGACGUGGCAGCGGCGGCGGCUGCAGCUGCUGCUGCGCGCCCACCCGGUGGUGUCGGCCGUGCUGCACAACCUGGUGGGCCGGGACAUCGCGAUCAAGCUCUACUCGCUCGCCGAGUUCCACCAGCUGGGCACCGACGGCGUGCCGCUGCCCAAGCGCGACGUCAGCCCCGACUGGGGCAAGCAGGUGCCUCGCAGCCUCAGCCUGGACGCCGUGUACACGGGCCCCGGAGGCAGGCUCCGGUCGACCGCGUGGCACGCGGCCCGCGAGGCCUCUCGGCGGGCUGUCGACGCCUCCCUCGCCUCCUCCUCGCAGCUCUCCUACGCAACCGGCCGUGCCCCCGAGCCACCUCCAGCGCACACGAAGAGGAUCCGGCCCAGCCCGCGCCCGAGUCCGCGCCCGAGUCCGCGUGCAUCGCCUCGUCGCUCCUUGGUGCGGUGCGGCCGACGGGGUAAAGUGACCACCAGCCUGGUUCCCGCCGCCGUCGGCACCGUGUCUGAAACGCCGCUGUAGAGAAAGAACGCUUCGUGCACCCGCUGCAGCUGGUGUCGCUAUCGCUGCUUCGCUGCUGCCGCUGCUGCUUCAUGCUUCGAUAUAAGCAGCGUGCUUUCGUGCUUGUGUUCUGCUGAUGCUGGCUGGUGCUGCCUGAGCUUCCGGUGUGUGCCCGCGGCCGUCGUCGUGUGCGCAUAGUGCGGCUGGCUGUGAGCCCCGAAAGUGACGUCGCCGUAGCCCCAGGUGAACCGUGCUCAAAACCGCAGUGAACGAAACGAAAAAGAAAAGCGGUCGCCCGUUUCUCCGGCCUUCGUCGCACGGGUGGCGAGUGGCGUACGUGUUCGUCACUAAACAUCGCUCAGCGCUUUCCUUGUUUAUCCUUUUGUUCGAGUCACACGAUUCCACUGAAUUUUUUUUUACUUACCUUCCAAUGACAUAUCAUGAUUGCCACCGCUUCCAUUGUGGGUCGACUGCAUAUCUUCACUAUAUCUCCAGAUGAAAACGGCAGUGUGCCAGCAGAGGCUAGCAUUGUACGCCAAAAGGCAACAAAACCAUUCCGAUGUAUUGUUUUGAACUUGCAAACAUUCUGUAGAAACGCUGAUAACGUGGGAGCAAGUACUUUCUAAGCCUAGCGUUCAAACCGCGAGCCAGCCUUUCCGCGCGAGAAAAGAAUGCAAGUGUUUCGGUAGUUGCUUCCACUGCGUCGCCUGUGCACAUGGUGCCAGGUAGCGAGUCGACUCGUACCCUUGUUGAUGUGGUAUGGAAGGUGUGCGUCUCCCAGAAUGCUUGUUGAGCGCGAGUGAACCUAACACGAAGCCAACCGAGCAAGAGCAGGUGUUUUUCUUUAUUUAUUUUUUAAUUUUAUUUUUAUGGCCUUGCGCACUCUGUCAGCGCCGAGACCCGAUAACGUUGCAACCUUAUA